AGGUGCUGGCCUUUGUCCUCGCUGAAGCCAAAAACCAGAAUAGCAGGCUCAAGACUGCAGCAGUACGCCAAGGAAAGAUCGAGCGUCUCUUACUUCCACAGCUGAAAGUAUGGAUGGAGGACAGCUUGAGUCACAUGCAAGAGAUCACCCGUGUCCACGGGCGAGCGAUUCUGUCUAUCCAUAACAUCCUCAUGUACGGCCAUGACGUCAGCCUGGCCCCUGAUUGCGGAGAUGUCUUCCAGGAGGCGCCGCCACCGAGACGGAGGUCCUUGCACCCCCCUGGCAGUCGCCUCACGGCAGAUCUGACUGUGAUUGAGGAAGACCACACCGGAGAGCAGGAGUCCUUCUCUCCCGGCCAACAGAACCUACCGGCACAGAACGAGGACAAGCUGCUGCUGCCCGAGAUCCUGGAAACUCCGAGCAACGACGACUGCCAGUCAUUCCUACACGCUCCGAGUCCAGGGCGGUCCGACGAGCAGGCUUCGCUGGCUCCUGGCCAGGAGGACAUGCGCCUGAGCACGUCGCCGUGCACCGAGGGAUCGAGCUUUCUUCUUUACGAACGUCUGGGUGAGAACAGCGCUGUACAGUUGCCCCUCCCCGUUCGGCCUACCUUAUGA